AUGGGCUUAUUCCUAAAGAAAAAUGUAAAGGAAACACUACAUGUACGUUGCUUCCAUACCUAUGAAUACACCUACACUGAAGAUAACAAUAUGUAUGUUAUACCAGCAGUGCAGAGUCUUAUGUUCUUAAUUCUAUUCAUCGCUCUUGUGGGGGAAGUCAGCCUCGGAGAGAUGUGUCCAAAGUGUCAUUUCAAUAGUUUGCGUAAUCUAAUGAACACCCAGAGUGGAAGGUCUUUAUUCGGUGUGGGCCAAGCAUAA